AUGCCGUCGUCUCUUCCUCCAAGCAGCGCUCCGGAUCCAGUCGGUUCGGUUCGCGGUGGUACCCCUCGCAGACCCGCCGUUGAUGCCCUGACUCUGGAAGACGACGAAGAUCAGGAGCCUGGUACGGGCGCACCAAGUCGAAAGCGCAGAAGACCGCGUACUCAGGCUAAUGGGGAGGUUCCACUCGUAAAAGAUGCUGUCGGAGAAAGCGUGGCGGAAAGCUUUGAAACGUUCCUCAAGACCUUCACGGAAGAGGUCGCCUUCGCAGCUACUCCAGGAUCUGACGGAGACGCGCCUGACAUGGGAGAAGGCGAACUGAUAUACAUCGAGCAAAUUCACACGAUGAAACAAUGGAGUCUUACUACUCUCUACGUUGACUACGGGCACCUCCUUUUACGCGAUGACGUCCUAGCAGAUGCAAUACAGAAGCAAUACAAUCGAUUUCUACCCUAUCUACGACGCGCCCUUCUCAACCUUGUGGCCGAAUACGAACCCGAAUACCUCAAGAUCAAUCCCACUGCGGCCACAACAGACUCAGCAAAUCUUCUGUCGCGCGAGUUCCACAUAGCCUUUUAUCAUUUGCCUCUGGUAUCUGGUAUUAGAGAUCUGAGGACGGACAAGAUCGGGACACUUAUGAGCAUCAGUGGUACAGUCACCCGGACCAGCGAGGUUCGACCGGAGCUCCUCUUUGGAAGCUUCACCUGUGAAGUUUGCAAUGGCGUCGUGCAUGACGUUGAGCAACAAUUCAAGUAUACUGAGCCUUCACUCUGUCCAAAUGCUCUAUGUGGUAACCGCGUCGCAUGGCAACUUCAAAUCGACACCUCAAAAUUUACUGAUUGGCAAAAGGUCCGCAUUCAAGAAAAUCCUUCAGAAAUACCCACGGGUUCUAUGCCUCGUUCUCUGGAUGUAAUUCUUCGAUCUGAGAUGGUUGAGCGGGCCAAAGCUGGAGACAAAUGUACCUUUACUGGGGCUUUCGUUGUCGUGCCAGAUGUUAGCCAACUUGGCCUUCCCGGGGGAAACAAAGCGGAGUUGCAGCGAGAAGCAACCAAAGCGGGCAACACAGCGACUGCUGGUGUAGGUGGUAACGGGGUUACUGGACUGAAAAGUCUCGGUGUUCGAGAUUUGCAAUAUAAGACUGCAUUCUUGGCAUGUAUGGUUCAUGACUCUGACGGUCGGGGUGGCACAAAUAUUCGGGGGGAGCAAGAGAUGGGAGAAGACAGCGGGCAGGCCUUCAUCGAGUCUCUCACAGGGCCAGAAUACGAUGAGCUCCGCAACAUGAUUGAGUCAGAACACAUCUACUCUCGCUUGGUCGAAAGUAUCGCACCGACAGUGUAUGGCCACGAAAUAGUGAAGAAAGGGCUUCUGUUACAGCUCAUGGGAGGUGUACACAAGCAGACAUCAGAGGGCAUGAAUCUUCGUGGAGACAUCAACAUAUGUAUUGUUGGUGAUCCGUCCACUUCAAAGUCCCAAUUCCUGAAAUAUGUUUGCUCUUUCCUUCCUCGAGCGGUCUACACUUCUGGUAAGGCCUCCUCUGCGGCUGGUCUCACCGCAGCUGUGGUCAAAGACGAAGAAACGGGUGACUUCACCAUUGAGGCCGGAGCGCUGAUGUUGGCUGACAAUGGCAUAUGCGCUAUUGAUGAGUUUGACAAGAUGGACAUCUCCGAUCAAGUGGCCAUCCAUGAAGCAAUGGAACAACAAACUAUAUCUAUCGCAAAGGCGGGUAUUCACGCGACGUUGAACGCGCGAACGUCCAUUCUUGCAGCUGCGAACCCAAUAGGAGGCAGAUACGAUCGCAAAAAGUCGCUUCGAGCAAAUGUCCAAAUGAGCGCUCCAAUCAUGAGUCGAUUCGACCUCUUCUUCGUCGUCCUAGACGAGUGCGAUGAGAAGACAGAUCUCAAUAUCGCGAGACACAUUGUCAAUGUUCAUCGAUUCCAAGAUGAUGCCAUCAACCCCGAGUUCAGCACAGAAACCCUGCAGAGAUACAUCCGUUACGCAAGGACUUUCAACCCCAAAAUGUCACGAGAAGCCGCGGAUGUGUUGGUGGAAAAAUAUAGGAUACUUCGACAAGACGAUUCAAGGAACUCAUACCGGAUUACCGUUAGGCAACUGGAAAGUAUGAUUCGUCUCUCAGAGGCGAUUGCCCGGGCGAAUUGCACCAACGAGAUAACUCCUGCGUAUGUUCGCGAAGCGUUCACUCUGCUGCGGCAAUCUAUCAUCCAUGUGGAGCAAGAUGACAUUGACUUUGAUGAGGAGGAACUCGAGGGUGAACGCGACAAAGGACGACCGCACGCACCCACUUCUGUGAACGACGCGGAUGGCGAGGACGUACCCAUGAUGGUGGAAGAAACGGAUGGAAUGGACGAGACUAUGCCGCUAAACGGCGCAUCAUCACGGGCGGCCACUGCAGCUCCCGAGAGUGAACAGCAGGCAGCGCCACCAAAGCGGCGUAUGGUUAUUACACACGACAAAUACAUAACUCUGCGGAGUUUGAUUGUCCUGCAUCUGCAGGAGCACGAACGACAAACGGGAGUGGGUCUGGAUCAUGAUGAACUCGUUGACUGGUAUCUAGAGCAGAAGGAGGAAUCUGUUCAGGAUAUAGAAGAGCUGGAGUUUGAAAAGGAGCUUGUGACCAAAAUGCUCCGAAAAUUGCUCAAGGAUAACUACCUUUUGGCUGUUAAAGGAGAUGUACAAGAAUCUCUUCCCUCCGAAACUGACACCCAACAAUCAUCGACGAUAUUGGACGGGGAGAAUAUGCGUGUAUUCUAUAUGGUGCACCCGUCGGUCGACACAGAAGGGUCGUCCUUGACCUCAGCCCCAUAG